UCAUUAUAAAUAGGUGGCUCGUGCCCGCCACAGGUAAGCAAACUACUACUGAGCUAGCUAUCCUACUGUGAAGAACACACUAAGCUUAGCUAGAUAAAUUUGUGAGCCAUGGCUUCCAGUUCCAGCUGCAUGGCAUGGCAUUGCUUGCUUGCCCUCUUCCUCCUCUCCUCCACCGCGUAUGGGCAGCUCUCGCCGUCGUUCUACGACAAGAGCUGCCCGACGCUGCAGCGCACGGUGCGCGCCACGGUGACAAAGGCACUCCGCGCCGAGCGCCGAAUGGGUGCCUCCCUCCUCAGGCUUCACUUCCACGACUGUUUUGUUCAGGGUUGCGACGGAUCCAUUCUCUUGGAUGACGUGGCUGGUAGUAGUUUUGUGGGCGAGAAGACCGCUUUUCCCAACGUGAACUCGGUGCGGGGCUACGAGGUGAUCGACCAGAUCAAGAAGGACGUGGAGCUGGUCUGCCCCGGCGUCGUCUCCUGCGCCGACAUCGCCGCCCUCGCAGCACGGGACGGCACAUCUCUGCUAGGCGGGCCCAGCUGGGCUGUGCCGCUCGGCCGGCAGGACUCGACGACGGCAAACAUGAUGGAGGCCAACAGCGACCUCCCAGCACCCAGCUUAAACCUGGACGGGCUCAUCGCCGCGUUUGCCAAGAAGCAGCUGAGCCCGCGCGACCUCACGGCGCUCUCCGGCGCGCACACCAUCGGCUUCUCGCAGUGCCAGAACUUCCGCGGCCACAUCUACAACGACACCAACAUCGACCCGGCGUUCGCCACGCUGCGCCAGCGCACCUGCCCCGCCGCGGCCCCCAACGGCGACACCAGCCUGGCGCCGUUCGACGUGCAGACGCCGCUCGUCUUCGACAACGCAUACUACCGCAACCUGGUCGCCAGGCGCGGCCUGCUGCACUCGGACCAGGAGCUCUUCAACGGCGCCUCCCAGGACGCGCUGGUCAGCCAGUACGCCGCCAACCGGGCGCUCUUCGCGUCCGACUUCGCGACGGCGAUGAUCAAGAUGGGGAACCUCGCCCCGCCCACCGGAGCCGUCACCCAGAUCAGGCGCAACUGCAGGGUUGUCAACAGCUGAUCUCAUCCACAUCAUCCAUCGGCUCACAUCGUGUAAAUGUGUAAAGUUUGGUUGGCUACCAACCAGCUAGCAUCCAUGCAUGCAUGGCAGAACAAGAGCCGUUAAUCUGGUUCGGAUAAUGCCGUGUGGGGCUGGGGCUGGCUAGUUCAGAAGUGAGAUUAGCAACCCUCCUUCUCGGCUGGGGAUUUCGAGAUGCCUGCACUAGUAGAAAAAGAAAAAGGGCUUUCGUUCGGCCUGGCCAUCCCAUUAGUCCCGGUUCUGCCACGAAUCGGGACAAAUGUCUUCGAGAGCCCAGGGGGCCGGCAGGGGCCUCGUGGGCAUUGGUCCCGGUUCGUCUGGGCCCAUUUGUCCCGGUUCUUGACACGAACCGGGACCAAUGGGCCUCGCUUCUGGCCCACAACUAUUGGUCUCGAUUCGUGGCAGGAACCGGGACAGAAGGAAGGCCUUUAGCCCGGUUCCAUCCACGAACCGGGACAAAUGAGUUGCCUAUAUAUACCCCAUCGCCGGCGAGCAGAGCACUCCACAGUGCUCUGUUUUUUGCUGGCCGGCGAGGGGGAGGGCAUCGGGUGCUCUAGCUCACCUCCUAUGCAUAUGAGGUGUUCGAUAAAAUACCCGAGUCACACUAGUUAAACUUUC